AUGCUUUCACUUCAUCUCUUUUUCUUUCUUUUUUUUUCUCUAUCCGAAUUCGUUACCUUCAUCAAUUUUUUAGCCGAUCAACAGCAUAAACUAAUUCAUCUCCUUCAUCUCUUUCUUGUCUCUUUCAGUUUUUCUCUACCCAAAUUCACCUCUUUUUCAUACACGCCUUCAUUUCUUUCAUCUCUUUCUUGUCUCUUUCUUUUUACUUUUUCCUCUACCCAAAUUCACCUUUUUUUUGCUUCUUUCUUUUCUAUACACGCCUUCAUUUCUUUCAUCUCUUUCUUGUCUCUUUCUUUUUUCUUUUUUCUCUUCCCAAAUUCACCUCUUUUUCUCUUCUUUCUUUUCUAUACACGCCUUCAUUUCUUUCAUCUCUUUCUUGUCUCUUUCUUUUUUCUUUUUUCUCUUCCCAAAUUCACCUUUUUUUCGCUUCUUUCUUUUCUAUACACGCCUUCAUUUCUUUCAUCUCUUUCUUGUCUCUUUCUUUUUUUUUUUCUCUUCCCAAAUUCACCUUUUUUUCUUCUUUCUUUUCUAUACACGCCUUCAUUUCUUUCAUCUCUUUCUUGUCUCUUUCUUUUUUCUUUUUUCUCUUCCCAAAUUCACCUUUUUUUCGCUUCUUUCUUUUCUAUACACGCCUUCAUUUCUUUCAUCUCUUUCUUGUCUCUUUCUUUUUUCUUUUUUCUCUUCCCAAAUUCACCUUUUUUUUCGCUUCUUUUCUUUUUCUAUACACGCCUUCAUUUCUUUCAUCUCUUUCUUGUCUCUUUUUUUUUUUCUUUUUUCUUCCCAAAUUCACCUCUUUUUUCCUUCUUUCUUUUUUUAUACACGCCUUCAUUUCUUUCAUCUCUUUCUUGUCUCUUUUUUUUUUUUUUUUCUUCCCAAAUUCACCUCUUUUUUUUCGCUUCUUUCUUUUCUAUACACGCCUUCAUUUCUUUCAUCUCUUUCUUGUCUCUUUUUUUUUCUUUUUUUCUCUUCCCAAAUUCACCUCUUUUUUCGCUUCUUUCUUUUUUUAUACACGCCUUCAUUUCUUUUCAUCUCUUUCUUGUCUCUUUCUUUUUUCUUUUUUCUCUUCCCAAAUUCACCUCUUUUUCUCUUCUUUCUUUUCUAUACACGCCUUCAUUUCUUUCAUCUCUUUCUUGUCUCUUUCUUUUUUCUUUUUUCUCUUCCCAAAUUCACCUCUUUUCCUUCUUUCUUUUCUGUACACGCCUUCAUUUCUUUCAUCUCUUUCUUGUCUCUUUUUUUUUUUUUUUUUUCUCCCAAAUUCACCUCUUUUCUCUUCUUUCUUUUCUAUACACGCCUUCAUUUCUUUCAUCUCUUUCUUGUCUCUUUCUUUUUUUCUUUUUUCUCUUCCCAAAUUCACCUUUUUUUCGCUUCUUUCUUUUCUAUACACGCCUUCAUUUCUUUCAUCUCUUUCUUGUCUCUUUCUUUUUUCUUUUUUCUCUUCCCAAAUUCACCUCUUUUUCGCUUCUUUCUUUUCUAUACACGCCUUCAUUUCUUUCAUUUCUUUCUUGUCUCUUUCUUUUUUCUUUUUUCUCUACCCAAAUUCACCUCUUUUUCUCUUCUUUCUUUUCUAUACACGCAUUCAUUUCUUUCAUCUCUUUCUUGUCUCUUUCUUUUUUCUUUUUUCUCUACCCAAAUUCACCUCUUUUUCGCUUCUUUCUUUACUAUACACGCCUUCAUUUCUUUCAUCUCUUUCUUGUCUCUUUCUUUUUUCUUUUUUCUCUACCCAAAUUCACCUCUUUUUCUCUUCUUUCUUUUCUAUACACGCCUUCAUUUCUUUCAUCUCUUUCUCGCCUCUUUCUUUUCUAUAAUCGUAUUGCUUUCCCUUCCAUCUUUCUUUUUUCAUUCCUUUACUCUGCACGCAUUCAUUUCUUUCAUCUCUUUCUCAUCUGCCACCAUAAUGUAUAUAUAUAUAUGUCCUUUCUUCCUUCCUUUAUUCAUUUCUUUCUUCUCUUGCUUUCUCCUUCCUUUCAUUUCUUAUUUUUCCAUCAAAAUUAUUUCUUUUUUAUUCUUCUGAAUUCCUUCUUGUCACAUUUUUUCUUCUUUAAGUUUUCAUUCUAUUUAAUCAUUAAAAGCAUAUUUUUUUCUUUUCCUUUCUUCAUUCCCCCAAUGUUUCGUUUCUUCCUACCAUCUUUCCUUUCUUCAUUCAUUUUUACAUCAUUUUUCAUUCUCUUCUUCUUUUUUUUCCUUCUUUUUUCAAAUAUUUUCCUUCGUACAUUGUCUCACACUCACCUCUCUCUCUCCCUCUUCUCCCCUCACUCUCUCCAUUUCGCUUCACACUCUCACCUUUCUCUUUCUUUCUCUAUUCUUUUCUUUUCUCUUCCUCCCUCACUCUCCUUAUCUCUGCCUUACACUCCCACUCCUCUCUCUUUUCCUGUCUUCAGGCCUCACUCUCUCCACUUCUCUCUUUCUGUUUCUGCUUCAUACCCCCACUUCUCUUUUCUUCAUCUCUUCCUUUCUCUAUAUUCCUCCCUCACUCAAUCCAUCUUCCCUCCCUGUCUCUCCUCUCUCUCUCUCUCUCUCUCUCUCUCUCUCUCUCUCUCUCUCUCUCUGUGUUAA